GCGACUUCUUGCAAGAUGCUUUGGACUUGAUUCUGAGCCAGUUCGAGGUGGUGGAUGUCCGGAACAAGUUCAGGACUGCUUGCCGGACGGGAGAGAGGUUCGUGGAGGUUCUGCUGAUCCUGGAGGUGGAGACAGAGGACGGCCAGAUGCCCCACGUUUGUGAAGUUCGCCUCGAAGAGAUCAACUUCUACAAUGCUCGAGCUCGUGCUGAACCUGUGAUGCAAGAGCUCUUGGGGAAGAUCUCCAAGCACUACUCCAGCAAGAACCCCCGCUGCAUGGAGCAUCUCUGCCGCUGGGUGCUGGAGACCCCUCAGAUGAGCCACAAGCUCCGAGCCUUUAAGAAGCACAUCAGUCGUCGCUUCGGCUCUGCGCUGGGAGCUUGGAGAAGGUUCCGAAACUUGUGCAAGGAGGUGAAGUGCUGGAAGCACUCUACAGAAUACUGGCAGGAGCUGGAUGUGGGACGUGCUGGCUGCAUUUCGCUGUUUGAGAUGGACAGCGCGUCCGUUUGCAUCUUGGCUGCGGGCGUGCACUUUUCACUCAGGCUUCUGAAGCUUGCCAACAUUCCAUCUGAGGAAGCUACCGCCGAGGAGCUCACCUUCAUCCUGACUCGCGCGCUCGGCUUUUCUGCCACCGAGGCAGGCAUCCACAACAAGGAAGCGGACGAGGGUAUGCCAAGGGUGGUUAGCCCACGCCUUCAGAAUGGUCAGCCACAAAGCUUCGCAAAUACGUUUUUCGACGACAACCAAGUCAAGCCACAGUCUGAGCUGAGACAGCUUUAUGAAGCUGUAUUUGUGCAGCUCUUAGAGGAUGAUAUUUAUGCUACAAACAUCUUCGACCUCUUGGAUACAGAUGGAGGGCAUACCUUUAAUCCUCCAGGACGGGUACGUCUCGCAGAUAUCGCAUGGCUCGUGAAGCUCCCAACUCUGGUCGACCUCAGUGUUCAAGGCUUUGAUGGCCUCACAAAUGCAAAGGCGGUGGCGCUGCGCCCCGACGGCUUCAACGGGCAGGAGACGAUCCCGGAGGUGGCCUGGACCCCAAAGCGGCCAAGUGGUCAAAGCGCGGGCGCUUCCCCAAGCAGUGACCUUCCAUACCAGCGUGCCAAUCCGGGUUCACCGACAUCGCCCAUGUCCCCGAACUUCCUGCAGUCUUACGGGGAUUUGGGGGAGGAAGGGGAGGAUGGAGAGGAGGCUGAGGUGGUAGCACCGCCAGCUGCUGCUCCGCAGCGGGCAUCGCCACCCAGCAACACCUCCUCGGUACCGACCCCUGCUGAGACGCCCUCGCAGAUGGCGACCCCUGCUCAGACACCUUCUCAGACGGCGACCCCCGUUGAGACGCCGUCUCAGGUGGCAACCCCCGCCGAGACGCCGCCUCAACAGAGGAAGUCCUCUGAAAGCCAGAGCUCCGUUACAGCCAGCCUACCUGUUGCAGCUCCAUCGCCCGAUCCCCCGCAGACUCCGACCCCAGCAUCCAGCGAAGAGCGGCAACCGGACUCGAAGCCCUGGAAGUGGAAGCGGAAGUCGGCUGGAGCUUCGGGAGAGGCUGAAAGCCCCUCGGAGAUGCAGCCAGCGCAAGGAGGAGGGCCUCAUGAACCGGAGAAACAGGAGCCGGCCGCAAGAGCUUCCGUCCAGAAGUCCGUGACACUGGACGUAGAGCCGCACGUGCAGGAUGAUAACGACGAUUAUGGUGAUGAUGCUGAGGAUUUUGAUGAUGCGGAUGUGUAUGAGAUCGAUGGACGCUCGGAUGGCCACGACGAAGCCGAGGAGGACGACGAGGAGGACGAAGUCAUGGAUCUUAGUGAACUUCAAGAGGAUGUGCCGCAGCUCGAAGAGACGUUCUGA